AAGCGCCGAUGCAUCCGCAAGCUGUAUUGAUCUGAAACGCAAUUGUUCUUCGAGAACAUUCGUGGACUCUCGACCAGUCCGAAUCACCACUUCCUCUUGACCAGUUCUAUCCCAACGAAGUCACAAUGCCACUAAACUACUCCAAGUGGGAUCAGCUCGAGCUCUCUGAUGAUUCCGACAUCGAAGGCCACCCGAACGUUGACAAGCGUUCUCUCAUCAGGUGGAAGCAACGCGACAUCCAUGAGAAGCGCGAGACCCGCAAAGUCAAGAUCUCGGCCCUCCACGCAGAGAUCGCAUGCAAUGGUAUCCUUGCUCCUCGUCUUCGCGAUGCCCGCUCUAGACUGGCCAGCGCAGACGGGGGGUUGAAAUACUUCCAACAAUUGGUAGAGAGAUUACAAACAAGCCCAUCUCCUGAGGCGCCGCCGACGAAUGCCAAGGAUCAGCCAACUUAUGAUGCCAUGAUGUUGUCUUUGCUCCUGCAGAUCUGGGAUGGCGCCAAGAGCCUUCCUGCAGAUGAGCGGGAGGCUGCUGUACUCAGUGGUCUCGAUAAGCACAUCAAAGCGCUCACAGAGCACACAACCAAGCUGGAGAAGGAUCUUGCUGAGGAGGAGAAUGAACAAAAGAAGCACAUCACAAGUGAAGAUAUCCACGAAGGAUUCGAAAGCAAGUAUAUUCCCGCAAAACCGGCUCCUCCACCUGUAAAGAAUGCUAAAAUAGACGUGCCAAAGAAGACCACAACCACUGAGUUUGAGGUGCUAAACCCUGCUGCCUCGAGUUCCAAAGCACCAUCGCCAUCGGCUGCUGCCCCGAAGCCAUCUCCCUCCGAUGAGGAAGACGAUAUCGAGGAGGAGCUACCAGAACUCACGCCCUCUCUUGAAACCUUCUCCCACUUACCGUUAUGGGGUUACGAACAAUCUUUCGGCUUCAUCCAAGCAAAUCGCGAUGUCGUUGUUGCCGGCGCAUCUGACGCAUUGCUCGUGGCGGCUUUCCGUGCAGAAUCAAAGGGCCGGUUCGCAUAUGCGAAGCAGUGUGUGCACCAAAGCUUACUCUUACAAUACUGCGAGAAGCUAGGCCGAGAUGGCGUCCGACUAUUUUUCCAGAAGAUGAUCACAGGCGACCAGCGCGCUGUCCCCGUCUUCGUGAAUGACGUCGAGAGCACAUAUUCUCACCUCAAGACGCGUGCAAAAGCGGCGGCGGCGGAAACUUCUGAGGAGGUGCAGAAGGAGCAGAUACAACUUGUGCCCGAGAACCCAUCUGCAAGCAUCUCGUUCAAUGUACCUGAUGGUCCUCCACCUGAGGACUUGCGACUCGAGGGUCCAGGGACGGAGGAUCUGGAAGUUGAACAAGUUCGCAAAGCACUGCAGAUGCGGUGGGAUGUCUUCGAGGGCUUCCCCGAGGACCUCAAGGCCGCACUCAAGGUUGGGACUCUGGAGGAGGUCAACAAGGUGCUGGGUAGUAUGGACGUUAGCGUUGCGGAAGAUGUAGUGGAAAAGCUUGACAUGGCUGGCAUCAUGAGCUUCGUGGCGGGAGGUGUCCGGGAUGAGACUGGAAAUGCGGACGACGAUGACGAGGAGAAUGCCGAGUAAUUCUGAGGAGUAUGUGUCUCUGGCCGAUCAAGUUGAAACGCGUACAUAUUACUGUUGUAUAACUGCUUUUGAAACAAGAUCUGAUGUAAUGCACACCUUUAGUUUAUAAAUGUCUUCUCACUGCGCACCUCACC